GCCUACCAUAACUAGUUACAUCAAGUGCGGGAGCGCACGGCUCAAACAUCCCCGAAGUUUCAACUGCCGCAUACCGCGCGGAAAUAUAUGCGGGUCUGGCCGUCCUACCAACCAACGACCUGAGAGCAACGGUACCUUUCGAUGACCAGUGUCUGAUGGCUCGACGAUCGCAUCUCAAAUUCAUGUCAGAGUCAAGCAGAAGCUAGCAGAUGCCACUCGGGUGAUUGAGGAUAAUUCACAACCUGUGUUCAAACAGAUAGGAAAACCGUGCCCCUAACAUAGGCUCUUACCAUAGAUGCCCGAGGAGGUACGAGGCAACGGCUUGCGAUCAUGGGUCCAUGUGCCACGCAAGAAUGGUUUACCAGGGGCCUGCAAAGCCACCACGCUACAAUGCGCUUCCAACCCGGGGCCCACCACUCCAAGGCCAACCUCUUAUGCUCGAGGCUCUACAGCGGCUUUGCACGCUCUCGAUGUGGCAGAGCCCGCCACCUUGGCAAGACCGGGCUAUCGGUCCACGCUUGAUACUGAGCUCCCGCGACUCCGUUCGAAACGCGUGUCCGCAUGAGCCGAUGCAAUCCUGCACGCCGUACAGCGCACGGAGAGCGCAACGCAACCCUUCGAGAUUUUGCUGUUCUUCUACGCCUACCGACGCCGUCAUCGGAGGGACUUCAUCACUUGCUAAUCCCCGCUGUUGAUGGAAUACCGGAUAUGUAAAGGGUCGAAUCCCCGCUGCAGCACGGUCUUCAUCCGAGUUCUACGCUGACCAGGCACUGAAAAGCUACCUGGAGGCCAUGCCAGCUGAAGACCCAAAGCUCGGCCAACCACAAGGCUACUUCAAGUUCAGUUGCAUAUAUCGACUGUUGGGAUGCCCCAGUACGGUACUCGCUCCAGUUGCUGUGUUACUUUCAGGCAUUCGUUUAUCUUAUCUAUGGCAGGUCUAUCAAAAUGGAGCUGCGCGCACCAAAUGUGUCGUAAGUGCCAACCACUCGCAGCAUAGUGUCGUCGCCUGAUGGGGGUUCGACGCACGCGAAAGGCCGGAAUUCUGGUCGCUAGUACGCGAA